GUGCAUCCUGCUGCUACAGUUGCAGUUAAAACAGUUUUAGGAUAAGAACGCGAUUAUUUUGCGCCUCUGUCCGCUGACAUGAAAAUACAUAAAGUGAGAAUAAUCCGUCUUAUUAUCAGACAAUAACUCUGAUGUGUGUGUGUAUAUGUUGUGUGUUUAUUAUGAUAUAAUGACUUACAACAGAUUGAUUUCAUGACUCGUCAGUACAGGAACACACAAACUCAAACUAAACAAUGAACUCAUGCAAGAGGCGUUGCUGUUACACAAGCUGAUAUGAAUUUGACCAAAUCUUCACUCUUUCAGACACUUUAUAUUGCACGUGUGGAAACACAUCUGUUUAUUUAGCAGUGUUUGAUGUAUGAGCAAAAAUGAAAGUGCUUCUUUUAAAAGAACCAAGAGAUGAUGAAAAUGGAGCAGAUCCUUAUAUUAAGGAGCUCUCUUCAUAUGGACACACAGCUGAUUUAAUUCCUGUGCUGUUUUUUACGUUUGUGUCUUUGGAUGAGCUGUCAGAGCGGCUCUUUCAGCCCGAGAGGUUUGGAGGUUUGAUCUUCACAAGUCCUCGAGCUGUUGAAGCUGUAAGGAUCUGUUUAGAGAAACACAAACACAAGUGGGACACAGUAAAAGACAAAUGGAAUUCAAAGUCAGUUUAUGUUGUUGGAAAGACUACAGCAUCUUUAGUUGUAGAUUUGGGUCUGAAACCGGUGGGUGAUGAUACUGGCACUGCAGACCGACUGUCUUUACUCAUCCUACAAAGAGGAAAUCCUCAUCUUCUGCCCCUCUUCUUCCCCUGUGGGUCCAUCAAGCGUGAGGUUCUGCCCACAGCUCUCAGAGAGAACAAUGUUCCUCUGGAAACGCUGACCGUCUAUCAAACAUCUGAACAUCCGGACCUGCAGAAGAACAUCUCUGAUUAUUUUUCUCAGCAGGGCGUUCCUGCAAGCGUGGCGUUCUUUAGUCCAUCAGGAGUGAAGUUUUGUGUGGAUUUGAUGAAGAGACUUUCUGGGUCUCAGCUGGACCAAAUCAAGUUUGUGUCAAUUGGACCGAGCACAGCGGACGCAAUGAAGGCUCACGGACUCACGGUCAGCUGCUGCGCUGAGAAACCUACAGCCAAACACCUCGCCAGUGCUAUCUCACAGAUCCUAAUGACCUCUGACCCCUGAAACAAGACGAGACGAGAUGUCUGUGGAGUUUAGAAAAGUUUUGCUGACAUUUUUACUAAAUGAAGAACACGUUUGGGUUCGUCAUCAUGACAGAAGAGAACUGUGGAAAUAAGAAGUUUAUAUUUCACAAUAAAUACAAAUUAUAUUUAUAUUUCAACAAAGAAAACAAUUUAAGUCAAGAAAAAUGAGGCCUGUUUUUUAUUAAGAUUUGCAGUUGUUGUUAUUAUUGUUAUUGGAUUAUGAUAGUGAUCAUUUGUGUGAUAGAAUGACUUUUCUGGUUAAAAAUCAUAAUAGACUGAAUGUUUUGUUUGUAAUUCUGGGGUUUGACUGUCUUCUGCAUCUGUGUUUAAUGUUGAAUGUAAGUGAUUGCUUUUGUGUGAAUAAUUGUUUUCUUUAAUACCUUUUUAAAUAAAGUUAAAAGAGAUUACAUGAAUUAUAUCCAUAAAAUAAAUAAAAAUACAUUUGACUAAA